CAAUGGCCUUCAUACCCUAGAGCUGGCCUUGGAUUUUAAUGGCUUUAAAGUUGAAUUCCGCUGUGUUUUUACGUAGAAUCCGGAUCUGUGGAUUACAUGCAUGCUGCGAUUGUGAGUUUUGCAAUAGCGUAGAACAGAGUGUUUGAAUAAUGGACAAGAAAAGUUUAGUAAAGAAGCCAAGCGAAAAGCGAAUACAGUAUACAAUUGGAUCCGAACAUUACACACUGUACGAGGAGGUAGGGCAAGGAGUUAGCGCCUUGGUUCAUCGCGCUCUUUGUAAUCCUCUCAAUGAGAUCGUUGCCAUCAAAAUCCUAGAUUUCGAGCGUGAUAAAUGUGAUCUGGACCGCGUCUCACGGGAAGCACAGAUAAUGGUCCUAGUUGACCAUCCCAAUGUUCUUAAAUCACACUGCUCCUUUGUAUGUGAUCAAAAUCUUUGGGUUGUCAUGCCGUACAUGGCUGGUGGUUCCUGUCUCCACAUACUGAAGGCUGCUCAUCCUGAUGGUCUCGGAGAGGUGGUUAUUGCAACAGUCUUACGCGAAGUGCUAAAGGGUUUGGAAUACCUUCAUGAUCAUGGCUACAUUCAUCGGGAUGUCAAAGCUGGAAAUAUUCUCAUUGAUUCACGUGGUGGAAUAAAGUUGGGAGAUUUUGGUGUAUCAGCCUACUUGUUUGAUUCAGGUGAUAGGCAGCGUAUACGGAACACAUUUGUUGGAACUCCCUGUUGGAUGGCACCGGAGGUCAUGGAGCAAUUGCAUGGUUAUGAUUGCAAAGCUGAUAUUUGGUCUUUUGGCAUAACUGCUUUAGAGCUUGCUCAUGGACAUGCUCCUUUCUCAAAAUACCCUCCAAUGAAGGUAUUGCUAAUGACAUUGCAAAAUGCACCACCGGGCCUUGAUUAUGAGAGGGAUAAGAAGUUCUCAAAGUCCUUUAGGCAAAUGAUUGCUAGUUGCUUGGUAAAAGAUCCUUCAAAAAGACCUUCAGCCAAAAAAUUGUUGAAGCAUCCUUUCUUUAAGCAAGCUAGGUCCAGUGAUUAUAUAUCAAGAACAUUGUUGGAAGGCUUGCCAGCUCUUGGUGAUCGCAUAAAAGACCUGAAGAGAAAAGAAGAAGACAUGCUAGCGCAAAAGAAGAUACCAGAUGGGCAGAAAGAAGAAAUGUCACAGGUUCUGUGCCAUAACCAUAGCCAACGUCACUAGAAGAAGACUCUGAUG